AUGUCUUCUGUGGAGAUCGAGAAGAUGGUACAGGAGCUUACUGAACCUGGGGCAAUCGAUAUCCGAGAUAGCGAAUCUACAGUGUCAGCACGCGACUACCUCAUCCGUACGAGGCAGGCUCCCGACAUCGAGGUCGAGGAGGUGGAGGAGGGAUGGACUACUCCAGCCCGCGAGUCAGGUGGGGAAGAAGAGGAAGCGGAAGGGAGCGGGACGGACUCGGUUGACGACUCCCAACUGAACGAGCCUUUCUCAUGCGAAGACCUAGUCUCGAGAGUCGUCAAAUCUGACUUCACCACUUUUGUGAGGUUAAAUUUGUUGCGGCUUGCGUUUCAAAGUCCCAAACCCUCUCAGAGAGCGCAUCUUCCGUUCACCAACCCUGCGAUCAUCCCCACGGAGGACGUGGUCAUCUCAAUACCCAUUCUUCGAUGUGGUGUAUCAGUCCCAUUUCAUCCUUUCGUCGCAGCCAUUCUUAGACGCUAUGACGUAUCGCCUUUUCAGCUAACACCCAACAUAAAUGGGCGACUUCUGAAAUCAACGGGGUUGAGGGGAUGGUUUCGAACAUGGGUGACUGGAAGUCAAAAUGGUUUUAUGUUUUUAAGGUUCCUGGGAUCAGAACCGACUUUAAUCGCAGACCCAGUAUGUCGCAUAUUUGUUGACUUAGAUAAAGUUUGUUACUCUGUUUUUCGAGAUCUUUUGCUAACUCGUUCUUUUGUUGUCAUCGCAGAUAGACCAGCUCGACCAACGCUUAACGCUCAUAAAAAGGGGGUAGCUGAAAUUCUUGGGAGUCUUCCGGUACAAGAUCGCGACUGGCGAUUGCUGUGUACGACUGCCAAAUUGCGAGAACACAAACUGAUCCCUGAGAACGCGAGUCUUCAACGGGAGCCAGUAUAUAAAGAACCAUCUGAGAGACAGCAGGAGCGGAUAGAUAAACGGCUUUCCAAGCAAACUCCUCGAGAAACUUCAGACAUGACUUUCUUGAAGUCUGCCCCUGUCCUGAAGAUUAAGCAAAAGGGUGGAACACCGGCAUCUUCACCAGUCGUCGCCCAAAAAAGGAAGAGCGAUGUGAUGACUACGCUCGCUGCAGAUUCCUCCAAGAAGUUGGCCAAGACUACUCAGGAUAAGGGGAAGAAGGUUGUCAUUGAUUCUCCGGUUCGCCCUCGCGACUUCCUGGCCAUGCAGGAAAAAUUACUGGCCGAGAUUCCUUAUGAGGAACUUGUUUCUCGAUCUACUGAACUGGCCGCACAAUCUGUGGCUUUGUUUAUGAAAGCCGUGGCCACGCCUUCGAAGGAAACUGACUCGCUGAAGAGGCAGAACGCUCAUUUUCAGGAAAACAUAAAGAGGCUGAAGCAGGAGGUGGCCAAGAUGGAGGAACUUCACAAGGAGCUCGAGGAAGUCAACAGGGCCAAAGAACAGUUGGAGCUCGAGCUCAAGAAGUCGCAGGACACGAUCGCUGAGAUGGCUCGCGACUUAGAGGCUGAGAGAGAGAGUGGGAAAAAACAGUAUGAUCAGGCUGUGUCUGAUUACAUUUAUACUACUCUCUCCAAGGUCCCUGACUUCGACUUCUCGCUGCUUGGAGAUGAAGCUGCUGAAAUGGCUGAAGCCUUUCGCUCGAUGUCUCCUACCCGGACUCAAGGCAACCUUCCAGAUGAAAUCGAGGGAGUACAGGCUGAGGAGGUCGAGAAUGAAGUUGUGAGCAAGAUCGUGGAUGAGGCUGCUCCUGAUGAGACUACUCCCGCUGCUUGAUUAUUUUCUAUCUUAGUUUCACUUUUUUUUUUUUAUAUAUGCGGUACACGGGUACUCGCACUUUUGUACUUAAAGAAUUUUAUCUUACUUUUUGGACAAAUUUCUAUCCUCGCGGGGAUAGUAUGCAUUUUAAUAUUUACGCAGUACAUGGGUACUUGCGAUUUUAUUUUCAA